AUGGAAAUUGCUAUUGAAUUAUCAUUCCCUCUUUUCGAUUCCCAAGAGAAAGCCUCCGAAGAUUCGAUCCUACCUGGAUAUGCCGUCUUUACUUCUUUCUUUCUUUGUAAUCACUUUCUUUGUAAUAUUUUUUUCUUUCCUUCUUUCUUUCUUUCUAUCUAUCUAUCUAUCUUUCUUUCUUUCUUUCUUUCUUUCUCUUUCUUUCUUUCUCUUUCUUUCCUUCUUUCUUUAUUUCUAAUCACGUUCUUUCUUUCUUUAUUUCUUUCUUUCUUUACAAACUAUAAUUUUCUUUUCUUUCUUUUUCUUCCUGUCUUUCCAAACACUUACCUUCCUUCCUUAUUUCCUUCCUUCCUUUCCUCCCUCCCUUCCUUCCUUCCUUUCAUUCACCCUCGUCUUUUCCCCACACCCAUCCCUCUCUAUCUCCCACUUCUUCUUUUUUUUCUAUCUCUACCUCUCUUUACCUUUAGCAAGCUACACUUGCAGAGAGUUACUGUGAAAGAAAAGGAAUUUCUUCUUCUUUUCCUUCUUUUUCUUCUUCUUUUUCUUCUUCUUCUUCUUAUUUCCUCGUCCUCUUCAUCCUCAUCCUCAUCCUCAUCCUCCUACUUCUUCUCAUCCUCCUUCUCCUCCCCCUUUUUCUUCUUUUUCUUCUUCCCAUCCUCUUUCUCUUCCCCCUUCUUCUACUUCUUCUUCUCAUUUUCCUUCUCUACCUUCUUCUUCUUCCUCUUAUUCAUCUUCUUCUUUUCCUCCUCCUCCUCCUUCACCUCACCCUUUUCCUUCUUCUUCUCUUCCUCUUUCUUCUUCUUCUUCUUCUUCUCAUCCUCCUCCUCCUGCUCCUUCUUCGUCGUCUUCUUCUUCUUCUUCUUCUUCUUUCCUCGUCCUCUUCAUCCUCCUCCUCCUCCUUCUUCUUCAUCUUCUUCUUCAUCUAAUCCUCCUUCUCCUCCCCCUUUUUCUACUUUUUCUUCUUCUCAUCCUCCUCCUUCUUCCUCUUAUUCUUCUUCUUUUCCUCCUCCUCCUACUUCUUCUCAUCCUCCUUACGCCCCCCUUUUCCUUCUUCUUCUCAUCCUCCUCCUUCUGCCCCUUCUUCUUCUUCUUCUUCUGCUUCUUUCCUCGUCCUCUUCAUCAUCAUCCUCCUCCUCCUCCUCAUUCACCUCACCCUUUUCCUUCUUCUUCUCUUCCUCUUUCUUCUGCUACUCCUUCUUCCCAUCCUCCUUCUCCUCCCCCUUCUUCUUCUACUUCUCAUUCUCCUUCUCCCCCGUCUUCUUCUUCUUCUUCCUCUUAUUCUUCUUCUUUUCCUCCUCCUCCUACUUCUUCUCAUCCUCCUUACGCCCCCCUUUUCCUUCUUCUUCUCAUCCUCCUCCUUCUGCCCCUUCUUCUUCUUCUUCUUCUGCUUCUUUCCUCGUCUUCUUCAUCAUCCUCCUCCUCAUCCUCCCCAUUCUUCUUCAUCUAAUCCUCCUCCUCCUCCCCCUUCUUCUUCAUCUAAUCCUCCUCCCCCUUUUUCUUCUUUUCUUCGUCUCAUCCUUCUUCUCCCCUUCUACUACUUCUUCUUCCCAUCCUCCUUCUCCUCCCCCUUCUUCUACUUCUCCUCAUUCUCCUUCUCCGCCUUCGUCUUCUUAUUCAUCGUCUUCUUUUCCUCCUCCUCCUACUUCUUCUCAUCCUCCUUAA